AUGCCCUACCCUCCUACUUCAGGUGCCGCGAACUCCUCGUCGCUUCCUCCGCGGCCACCGCCUUCCAAAGUUUCAGGCUUCAAGCCGGCCUUCUCAGCAGCGUCAACACAUACACCCAGUCCAGUGUCGGGCAGUCCAUACACACCUCCCGCCUACUCGACCGCCCCUAGUUAUUCGAACCCCCCGAGCUAUGCAGGCGCACCGGGCGCAUCAACUGCCCCAUAUGGUGGUGGCCGAGGUCAGCCUUACGCGAACUAUCCGCAACAGGGCGCCGUAAACUACAACCGCGGCUACCAGCAGUCGGGUUACCAGCAAGGCCCAUAUGGUUCUGCCGCCCCAGCAGAUAGCAGUAGCUAUGCUGGCGCACCACAGAUUAGAAAUCCAUUCCCCGCUCCUGGUCAACCUCAGCAGCUGCAGCAGCAGCAGCAGCAGCAUCAGCAGAACAGCGACUAUGACCCCGAUAUGGCCGCACAGAUUGCCCAAUGGCAAAGCGCCUAUGUCAAGGACCCGAGGGACACCGCCGGGGCUGUCGCUCGACCUGGUGCGCCGACCACUACCUACUCGGCCAACCCCACCACGGUCACUGCUCCAGCAGUGCCUGUGGAAGGAGAAAAGAAGAAGACCGUGGUUCGACAAGGUGGAGGCAAAAAAUGGACCGACGAUUCACUACUAGAAUGGGAUCCUGCUCACUUGCGCCUCUUUGUGGGCAAUCUGGCUGGUGAAACCACCGAUGAGUCAUUACACAAGGCUUUCUCGCGCUGGAAGUCGCUCCAGAAGGCUCGUGUCGUUCGAGACAAGGUCACCAGCAAGAGCAAAGGCUUUGGCUUCGUUAGUUUUAGCGAUCCCGACGACUUCUUCCAGGCCGCAAAGGAGAUGAAUGGCAAGUACAUCCAGAGUCACCCUGUCGUGGUGCGCAAGAGUACCACUGAAAUCAAACCACAUACAGUCAAGGACAAAAGACAUGGAGGUAAAUGGAACAAUAAGAACAACAACAGAAACCGUAGUGGCAACGGAAGUGGUGGAAGAGAGGGCAGUUUUGAACCUUCCCUCGGCCCUGCCAGCGGCGGCGUAGUCAAACCCGGACAAAAGACCAAGAACGGUCUCAAGCUACUCGGCUAA